AUGGCGGCAUUGAGCCAGCGGCAGGAGCGGCUGCUGAUGGUCGCGCACAGGCUGAGCCUGGCCGUCGGGUUUUUCUCCGCCGAGGAGGUUGAGCGCGCGGUGCACGCCACACUACGGUUUGUCUACUACAUGCACGUGCUGGAGAACACCGCCGAGGGGAAAGAGGCCCAGCGCAGAGCCGAGCUGGGCUUCCGCCGGUGGUGGGUGCGCGCGGCGUAUCGCGAGGAAGAGGCCGGGCUGGCGCUCGAAGUUGAGCGCUCAGCGCGGAUGGACGCGCACCUGCGUGCGCUGCAGGAGUACGCCGCCUUUGGGCCCGGGUCUGGGUCUGGGUCUGGGUCUGGGUCUGGGUCUGGGUCUGGAUCUGGAUCUGGAUCUGCCUCUGCCUCUGCCUCUGCCUCUGCCUCUGCCUCUGCCUCUGCCUCUGCCUCUGCCUCUGCCUCUGCCUCUGCCUCUGCCUCUGCCUCUGCCUCUGCCUCUGCCUCUGCCUCUGCCUCUGCCUCUGCCUCUGCCUCUGCCUCUGCCUCUGCCUCUGCCUCUGCCUCUGCCCCUGCCCCUGCCCCUGCCCCUGCCCCUGCCCCUGCCCCUGCUCCAGUACGGUUCAAUAUUGUGUAUGAUUUGGCGCGCGUGGCGCUGGCGCAGGCGCGGUACGCGGAUGCGCUGGCGCUGUUCCGCGAGUGCCAGCGGACGGACGCCAAGCGGUGCUCUGCUGACCGAUUUGCGCUCAGCGGGGGCAGCCGCCGCCCGAGCAUUGACGAGUACGCGGCCGCGUGCGAGCGGAUCGUUGGCGACAAAGAGCAACUUGCCAGUAGUGAGCGGCUCUCCGGCGGCGGCGAGAUGGCCGGGCACUUCGACGCGCUACUCGACAUAUACGCCGCGCCGCGCAGCCACGCGGGCCGAGACGACCGGUCCGCGCAGGCACUCCGGCGCGUUCCCGGCUGCACCAUGGCCGAGGCCGCUCUGUGCGCGCGCGACGCGCUGGGCAUGGGCGGGCGGCAGGCGCAGGCGCAGGCGCAGAUGCAGGCGCAGGCGCUGGCGCUGGUGCGCGCGGCGCACGCGUACCUGGGCGGGCUGCGGCUGCUGGAGCGCGACCGGCCAGCGGGCGCCCUGGCGUGGUUUGUGCACGGGCAGCGCAUCCUGGCCGAGCCCGGCGCAGCGCCGGCGCCGGCGCCGGGCGGGCCGGCCAUGGUGCAGAGCGCCGAGAAGGACCGCGCGCUGCGGGCGGCGCUGCAGGCGCAGCUGGCCGUGCACGGCGACGUGGCGCGCGCGCUGGAGCGGCUGGCGGGCGGCGCCAGCCCCGACGCCGUGGCGCCGCUGGUCGACGCCGUGCUGGGCGCGCACGUGGCCGUGCGCUUUGAGUUUCUCGAGCGCAUCGUGCUGGCGUGCUUGCGCCAGGACAGCCGCGCGCUGUUCAUGCGGCUGGUGGCGGCGCUGGGCACCGGCCACAAGCUGUACCAGCAGCUGCCCGACGUGCACCUGGCGCUGCUGCAGGUGGCGUCGCUGCUGGUGGUUAUGCGCGAUGCGCUGGCCGAGCUGCGGCUCGACGCGCGCGCGCUGCUGGUGGGGCUGCAUCUGGACGCGGCCGCGCUGGACGGCGGCGCUGUGGCGCGGCUGCGCGCGGCCGUGGCCGAGAUCGCCGCGCUGCUGGCCAAGGUGCCGGUGCCGGCGCCGGCGGCGGCCGCGCCGCAGCCGGGCGCCGAGGGCGAGCUCGCGCGGUUCUGCCGCCUGUGGGGCGAUGCGCCGCAGCUGGCGCUGCUCGGCGCCAUGCUGGCCGAGCACGCCGCCGACGCGCAGCUGCCCGUGGCGCCCUGGGCGCUCAGCCGCCUGGCGCGCGCAGUGGUGCAGCCACAGCCGCCGCAGCCGCAGCCGCAGCAGCUGCCGGGCACCGGCGUCGACCAGGCGCGGCGCACGGCGCGCCACCUGCAGGACGCCGCGCACACGGCGCUAGCGCGCGCGCACCACCACUGCGGCGCAGUGCCGAGCGCCGAGUUUCUCCUGGCGUCGGUCAGCCCGCGGCCGUUGCCCGCGGCGGCACUGCUGGUGUCGGCGCUCAGCCAGCUGACGGCGCUCGACCCGGUGCGGCUGUGCGCGCGCAUUGCCGAGCCGUGGGUGCAGCGGCGGCUGCCCCGGCUGGCGCAGAACCUGCGCGACCUGCGCAUGGCCGGCGCCGCCGCCGUGGUCCUGCAGAUGGUUGCGCUGGAGGCGUGCUUGCCCGUGGUCGUGCUGGCCUUUGAGCGGGCGGAGAUCGACUCCACCGUGGCUGGGUUUUUCUGGGACCCGUGUGUGAUCGAGUAUGCGGAGCACCUGGCCAGGAGCAGCUCGCCGCGCAGCGAGGUGCGGUUUGCUGUGCCGUCGGAGAAGCUGGUGGAGGCGCGCCCGCUGCUGAUCGCGGAGUUCUUUUCCUGGCUGGCCGCUGCUCUGUCCGAGCGCACGGAGCCUGCGGCUGCUUAG